AUUUCACAUGUACUUCCGGAUUAAGCAAUCGUUUUUCUAUUCCAUAAUGAAGGCGUUAAGGUUUAUCUCAAAAAAGUAAUAGCUUUUUUUAAAAAGCAGUUUAGUUUAAUAGACGCAAGGAAACGUAUUGUCGAGUCAAAUAAAAAUGGGGAAUUUAUUCGGAAAAAAAGAUCAGAAGAAGCCGGCUUCACGAGUAACAGAGCAAGAUAAGGCUGUUUUAGAAUUGAAAAGCCAGAGAGACAAGUUAAAGCAGCUGCAAAAGAAGAUUAGUCUUCAGAUAGAGAAGGACAGGGAGAGUGCACGCCAGUUUCUAAAGAAUGGCAAGAAAGAGAAGGCCAAAUUAUUAUUACGAAAGAAGAAGUUUGGUGAAACUCAGAUAGAAAAAAUGGAUGGCCAGUUAGAAAACCUUGAUAGAAUGGUGCAUGAUCUUGAGUUUGCACAGAUUGAGGCAGAGGUUGUGAAGGGGCUGCAGCGAGGAAACGAGUCACUCAAACAACUCAACAAGAUGUUCUCCAUAGAAACGGUGGAGAAGAUAAUGGAUGAGACGAGGGAAGCUGCAGAGUACCAGGAGGAGAUUGAAGCGCUGCUGUCAGGCGGUCUUUCACAACAAGAUGAGGAUGACGUCCUGUCAGAACUUGAUGAUAUCAUCAAGUCCAGUCUGCCGGACGUGGAGCGUGAAGGGGAACCGGAACUACCAGAUGUGCCAUCAGGGGAACCAGCAGGAAGGGAACAUCCGAGGAAGGAGAGAAGACAAGAAGAGGCCAUGCUGGCAUCGUGAUAUGGUGCAAUACAGACCCACCGUGAUAUCUCCACAGCACACCAUCGCACAUCAUAGUGCGAUAUGCCAGAGAUUCUUACAUAACUUUUCAAUAUUUUGAUAUUAUGUACUAGUUCUACAUUCUAGUAAAUCAGUCAUACUCUAUAUAGUUACCAAGCACACAAUGAAACUCUGUCUAGAACAUUUGAUAAUUUAAUAACGUUAUCCCCAGAAUUGUCCACUUCGGACAAGAAGAAAAUCAUUCAUUAAGCAUUUACACUUUUUACAUGUAAGCUAAUAAUUGUACAAACAAAGAGGAGAAGGUUUACAUAUCUGUGUUUUGUUUUAAAUUAUUGUCUGUUUCUUGUUUUUAACAAAUUAUGUAUUUAAAUGUAUUUAAGAUAGAAUUGCAAUAAACUUAAAUAAAACAAUGCUGUUAUAGCUUUAUAUUUUAGACACCAUCGAGUUCAAAAGUCUAUAACCAGUAAACAAUUAUAGCAGUCAAUUUGAUAUUCCAUUGACAAACCAAGUCAUUAGGGCCCUGCAAAAAAUGCAGGUGUCCUUUAGUUGUCACCCUGUAUGUCUCUCCAUACUUUUUUCAUGUUUUCUCUUAAAGUGACACUCUUAUUCAAAAUAGAUACAUACACAUGUAUAACAAACAUCAAUUUUGACUGAUAAACCUUGAACUUAAUUACUGAUAACGAGAUUGUAACCGUGUAUUUAAUAGCAGAAAGCCCAAAAAUAUUAAAUGAUUGGUGAAUGCUUAAAGACUUUCUUUGGUCUAUUAUAGUCUCAUAAGGUAGAAAUACCAUGUUUAUUGGUCAUUUCUUUCAAAUUAAACUCGGUAUCCUUUAUUAGAACUAUUGUUUUUGACAUUUAUUCAUCCUUUUUUGAAUAAUAAAACAUUAUUAAUUGUGGUAAAUCUUACCUGGGAGUAAGAGUGCAUCAUUCUUGAAUAACCAUAAAAAUAUUACCGCAAAUCUUCAAACUUUUUAAGUUUGCGGACAGAUAUAAUCUUUUACGUCAAGUUAUGUUCUAAAUAUUGUCAGAUUUAAAAUUCUAAAGUUAUGUUAAUUUAGCAAAUAAUUUACUUUCACAGAAUUUGAAGUUGUAAAAGGAAUUGUAUGGAGCUUAAAGAUCAGUGUAAGUACCAGUAUUAGCAAUAAGAAUGUGUUUAGUACAAGAACCAUAACCCUGUCUUCAGUUGUAUCCCAUGAUUGGACAAAAAUGCCUUAACACAAUUUGCUGAAAACAGUUAAUGGAAAUGGUCUUCCUUUAAAUAAAGUGUUUAAGCGAUUGGAUUUGCUUUUCAUUACCUGGUAGAACUUUUUUAAGAUGGAAAAAAUGAAACUUAAAGCAUCAAUGUAUGGCAGUUUGAUGGUGUGUGUUAAUAUUAAAUUAGAAUUUGUUAAAUGACAUCACAAGAUCAUGGGGUAGUCACACAUUUUUUACAUAAAUUGUUUGGUUGAUUGUCACAGAAACUUUAAAGUUGUUCCAUUUGGCAAUCUUGAUAUUUUCACACAUGAAAAACAAAUGCUCCCUACCAUAUAAAUAGUGCUAGGUACAAUUUCAAGGAUCAUUAUGACAAUUGAAUGCAAACCACAUGCAAUAUGGCUUGAAUAAUUUAUUAUGCACAGACUAUUUCUUAAUAGGUAAGUCUUCACUUUUUUAUUAACUUGAAAGUAAAGAAGGCUAUAAGCAGAUAUGAACCCUACUUGAGUCUGUUAUGUUUAAAUUCCAGUGGCGUGGUCCAUUGGCAGGGUCCAUGGGAAAGUGGCCCCUCUGGGACACUAACCCAUGACAUCUUGGGUAAGAGACAAUCAUGCAUAAUAUGUCACAAUCAUUUCUGUUGGUGUGUUCAUAAAUAAAAACUCGCAUUUAAUGACUUCUACAUUUAAACUUGACUCUUUCAUGUAUAGGUUUCUAGAAUGCAAUCAAUGCAGUCCUCCUUGUAUGGACGAUAUGAAUGCGGUUAACUCUGGCUUUAAUAACCAUUUUUAGCUCUACUGGCCAAAGGCCAGAAGAGCUUAUGCGAUGGUAAUGUGUACGUAGUAUGUUCGUCCGUGCGUCCGUGUGUUUGUGCGUCUGUAAACAACAGUCUUCAGUUUUGAUUGUAUUUCGAUGAAACAGUAUCUAAAUAUCCAUUAGAGCUCGGUUCCUUCAAAACCAGCCAGAUCCGCCCAUGCAUGCCUAGGUUAUGGCCCUUGAUAGUAUAGAAAAAUGCUAUUGUGUAAACACUAGCUUGUGAACACGAUACAGUCUUCAGUUUUGAUUGUAUCUUGAUGAAACUUGUACAGUAUUUAGAUAUCCAUUAGAACUCGGUUCCUUUUGAAAACCAGCCAGAUUUGCCCAUGCAUGUCUGGAUUAUGGGUCUUGAAAGUAUAAAAAUGCUAUUUUAAGCUACGUCUAUUUUUAGCCAAGACUACAUGAGCGAAGUCUAUUUUUAGCCGACUUUUUAUUUUUAAGGCUACAGAAAUGAAAUUUUGACGCUGAGUACAGUUUUAAAAGCAAAUAUUUCUUACCCUCAGAAUACCUUUACUUGGCAAAUAUUAAAAUAGUUCAUGCAACUAAUCUGCUUACAACACUUCCUGUCCUCAGAUGUUGAACGUGCAGCUAACCCAAACACUAAAAGUGAACUAUAUAUUUGUUGCCUAUUACUCAAACGUACAUGCUCUGGAUUGAAAAUGACCACAAAAGCCAUGCCAGUAGAGCAUAGGCCCUUUUGGGCCUCUUGUUUGAAUGAAAAUAUGAGUUGAUAAUAAAUUAUGCAAGAGCAAUAAAAAACAAUGUAUUGACCUAACCGUAGUCAAAGUUUUGUUGUUAUAGUAAAGUGUAAAUGCCCUUGUCGUUUCCAAGUACUUAAGUCAUGGCUGCUUUAAUUGACCUUAAAAUGAACAUUGCAUGUUUGUCUCUAAUUGGUAUUAAAUUAAUUCAACAUGGUCUAUAACUGUUAGAGCAUUAACAUAGGAAUGCACAAGGCUGUAGCUUUGUUGUUCAAAUUGUGUGCUUGGUUUCAAAAUGUUUUUUAACAGAUGAAAUCUGGAGUUUCACUUCAAUAUGCUUGUAGAUAUCUUGUCUGAAGUUUUGUUAGAGGAGAUACAAAUAAAUUGCUUCAGAAAUACA